GAUCACAUCAUUGUUGAAGUAAAAUAAAAAUUUAAUAAAAAAAAAACGAAACAAAAUAGUUUUCAUUAAAAGUUGGUUAUCAAUUUUUUUUUUCACUAUUAAAUUCUUCCAUAUCCAUUGAAUAAUGAAUUUUAAUUACAUAGAAUAUCUUAUCUAAUAUGAUUUGUAUAGUUUGAAUUGUAUUGUAAUAUACGUUAUGUUAAAUAUUUGGUUCUUUGAAUGGAAUUGGUAUAUAUAAUUCAUCAACAAUUACAAUUUAUAUUAAUUAUAUGUUGUAUAACAUUGAAUGAUACACGGAUUAUACGAUUUCAUAUUCAUGAAGAAUUAAAAAUUAAUACCUUUAUUGGAAAUUUAUUAAAUCAUGUAAAUGGUAGUUUAAAUAAUUUACGUUUUGUUAAACUAUCUAAUCAUGAUGAUUCUUCAAAAUUAUUUCAUGUUGAUGAAUAUACUGGUGAUAUAAGUAAUCUAUAUAGAUUAGAUAGAGAAAAAUUAUGUUUUAUAAAUAAUCAAUUAAAUAAAGAACAAAAAUUCUAUGAACAAUCAAUGAAACAAUCAAUAAUCAAUUAUCCGAUAUUAACUAAAUGUGAAUUAUAUUUUAGUGUGAAUUGUUUAAAUACAACACCAUUAUUAAAUAUAUCAAAUCAUAUAAAAUAUAAACCGCCUGUUAGUAAUAAAUUAAUAACUAUCUUUGAUGUUAUUAUUGAAUUGAAAGAUAUUAAUGAUAAUGGUUGUCAAUUUAUUCCAUCCAAUCAACAAAUGAUUAAAAUUCGUGAAGAUUCAUUAAUUAAUGAUACACGUUUUACAUUGAAUAUACCAUAUGAUCCAGAUGAUAUGAUCAAUGGGAAUUCUGUGAAACCAGAUCGUAUUUGGAUCAAGAAUGAUUCGAAUAUAAUAAAUAAUAAUCAAAAUAUAUUAAAUUACUUUAAAUUACAUAGUCUUUCAUUAUCGAACAAUGUUACAAUAUCUAAUAUAUAUUUAGAAUUAGAAUUAAUUCAAAAGUUAGAUUAUGAAAAACAACAAAGUUAUUCCUUUCAAAUUGUAGCCGAUGAUGGCCACUUAUCAGGUGAUCAUCAAUGUUAUCUGAAUGUAACCAUACUUGUAGAAGAUUGUAAUGAUCAUAUGCCAAUAUUUGAACAAUCUAUGUAUAUUGUAAAUGUAAGUGAAGAUACACCAAUAGAUCAAAUAAUUUUAAAAUUGAAAGCCAUUGAUGAGGAUGAACAUGAAAAUGGCAGGAUUAUUUAUAGUUUCAGUUCAUACACAGAUGAUAUGGAUGAGGAGAAAUUUUUCUAUAUUGAUUCGGAUACCGGUGAAAUUAGAUUACGUAAUCGUCUAGAUUAUCGACAAAAACCGCAACAUGUUUUAAAAGUAUUUGCCAAAAAUCCUGAUAAUACUACAUUAGGACAUUUAAAAUCUCAGAUAAUUUCAGAAUUAUCGGUAACACAGAUUAUUGUAAAUGCAAUAGAUGUAAAUGAUCAUUUUCCUCGUGUUCGAGUCCUAUCUCCUACUGGCUCAAAAGAUUUGGAAAUAAUCGAAGAAUCACCACCUGGGCAAGAUAUAGGAAUUGUGGAAGUUUCAGAUGGAGAUACAGGAACUAAUGCUUUUGUUAACUGUAAAAUAAUUAAUCAAACUAUGUCAGGUGUGCUACGUCUAAUUCCUAUCAACACUGAAGGUGUUCACCUAGGUUUGACAAGCUCCAAUCAUAAAUAUAAAAUAACAAUGGAAAAGCGAAUAGACAGAGAAGAAAAUGAUGUCAUAGAGUUUACUAUUUUAUGUCAUGAUGGUGGAAUUCCUUCGCUAACAACCACCCUUACACAACGUAUAAAAAUUAUUGAUAUCAAUGAUCAUGAUCCAAUUUGUGAACAGAAUGUUUACAAUGUUGAAAUUAUUGAAGAUUCCGAUCCAGAUAGAAGUAAAUCAAACUUUGAAAUUAUAACUAUUCAUGCCACUGAUAAAGAUGAAGGUCAAAAUGCUAAAUUACGUUUUAGUCUUGACCAUGAAACUCCAACUUUUCUUUUAAAUAUUAUCACAAUUGAUUCAAAUUCAGGUACUGUAAGUACUUUAGGAAAUUUAGAUCGUGAAAAAUUAAAUGAAUUCACCGUAACUAUUAUCUGUUCCGAUUAUGGUGAACCAAUUAGAACUAUUAAGAUUUUAAUUCAUGUAAAAGUUUUAGAUUAUAAUGAUAAUUCACCUGUUUAUUCUCAACCUUAUUUACAAUUUAAUAUUAAAGAAAAUAAUGCAAUUGGACAAUUAAUUGGUACAUUUUAUGUUACAGAUAAAGAUUUAGGUAAAAAUGCUGAAUUAGAUAUUUAUAUUGAAGAGAAUAUUGAACGACCUAAUAUGUAUUUAACAUCUCUAAGUAAUAAUUUGAAUAUACUUAAUGAUAUUGAACAGUUAAGAUUUAAUUCAAGAGGUCUUUUACUUUCAUCUGGUCUACGACAAAGGAAAUACAUUGAAUCCAUAUCAAAAUUUAGAUUGAAUUCAUAUCUAUUACAUAGAAAUUAUUAUAAUGCCUUGACAACAAAUGAAACAUCAUAUGAAGUUAAAUUAUAUAUAGAAUCUGUAAUAGAUCGUGAAAAUCUUAUUACAAAAAGUACUAAUUAUAUAUCUAAAGCUUUAUCCACUUAUGAAACAUUUGAAUAUGUCAAUCAUAAUUAUGAAAGAUUAUCACAAUUAACUAAUAAAACAAAUUAUUCUAUGUUAACACCAAUGAUUAUAUUGAUUGUACAUGCACAAGAUAAAGGGAUACCGAAAUUAUCUGAAACUAUUCAAAUACGUAUACAAAUCUUAGAUCAAAAUGAUAAUUCACCACGUUUUAUUUUUCCAAAUUCAACAAAUUUAAAUAGAACUAAAAUUUUUUUAUCUUAUAAAGAACCAAAAGGAUAUGCAUUUACACAAAUACAAGCUGUCGAUGAUGAUGCUGGUGAAAAUGGUACAGUCAUAUAUUUUAUACAUUCUGGUAACGAUGACAAUUAUUUUAUAUUAGAUCAAAAUACUGGAACACUUAGUAUCAAUAAAAAAAUUCCAUAUACUGCAAUCGGUGAACAUAUUCUAAAGAUAGAAGCAAGAGAUUGUGGACAACCAUAUCAUUUUACUAUAACGGAUUUCAUUAUAGAAAUUGAUGAUUCCACUUCAAAAGCCUAUUUAUCUAUGAAUUAUUAUCAUUUAAAUAAUGCUGAUGAAUUUAGUAGUUAUGGAUCAAGUGGAUAUAAAUUAAAUUUUUAUAUUGUUAUAGCAAUUAUUACAUCCGCUUGUAUUAUAUCAACUAUUCUGAUAUGUUCAGUAUUUAUUAUUCUACGUCGUUCUAAAAGGAAUAAUGUAUCACAUGAUAGAAGUAAUAAAAUAGACAAUAAUACAAGUAAUCAUUGUACAACAAAUAUAACAUAUUCACCUUCAAACUGGUCAAAAAUAGAUCAAUCACAGAAUUAUGAUUUUUCUAGACCUUCUAAUAGUUAUCGAGUAAUUCAUUCAAUACCUGACUGCUUAUCACAAUUUCCUAAUAUUGAGGGUCAAACAAGUUUGGAAUUAACAAAUUAUCCAAAUGGUAAACUAUUAUCAUCUCCUUAUCAAGAUUCAAUGUUUAAUAAAUGUUCCAAUAGGAAUAUAUCAACAGAAUACUGGGAUUACAAUAAUGAUAAUAAUAAUAAUAAUCACAUGGAUAUAAAUACAAAUAAUAUGAACAGACAUAAUGAUCUAAUGGAUAAUCAAAAGAUUGAAAUAUAUAUCCCUUCAUGUCAAUACAUGAAAAUGAUGGAUUUAACAGAUGAGACCGAUUUAAAAUAUUCAUAUGAUACACAUUUAAACUAUUUUGAUGAAACAUAACAAAAAUUUAGUUUGAAAGCUUAUCAGAAUGAUGGAAUUAUUCAAUAAUUAACUAUGAUAUAAUCAUUCAUGAAAUCAUGAUUAUCUAUACAAUAAACGAUGUACGUUUAAUUUCUAAUUAUUCUCAUUAUUAGUCAUAUGCAGUAAUCCAUCCAAGAACGUUUGCUACCAGGAAAUCUAAUUACCAUAAAAUAUCAAUUUUGCUUUGCUUCAAAAAUAAAAUAUAGGUAAAAGUGUAUUACAUAGACUAUUUGGAAAAUUAUAUCAGAAAUAAUCUAGGAAUAUUCAUGUCUCUUACUAUCCAAUGAAUAAAACGAUUGUCCAAAUCAGAAUUCUUUCAUUUCAGAAGUGAUGAGAAACAACUGAAUAUGAUGGUUUUGGGUGAUAUAUUCAAUAUUUUAAUGUUUAUCAUAUUGCUUUGUUCAUGAUGUUCAGGAUAAAAUAUGCAUCUAUUAAAAAGAAUACUAGUUUACUCUUGCAUUCUUUGUAUGGUCAUAAGUGCCUCGAUAGUCAACUUCUUAUAUUUUUUUUAUAUUGUUCAGGGACAUAACAGAAUGUCAACUAAAGAAUAAAAUAAUGUCAUCAUAUGAAAAAGAACAUAGUGGUGAAAAUAUCUGUUUAAUCAAGUAUUUCUAUGACAUAAGAUCACUUUGUAGUAAAUUGGCGUCGUUACAAACUAGAUGAACGUUUAUUUUCCACAAAUGAUAAUAUAACUAUUCCACACAAAAUUUUGUUUCCAGUGAAAUAACUCCCAGAUUUAACAUACUUAACAUAUAAUUUCCAGAGCGAUUUCUAUGUAUUAACUAACAACAGAUUCACUUACUUUUACAUCUAUGAUUUCCGAUGAAAACAAAGGUAAACAAACAAACUGAAAGGAACACUAUAUUCAUUGACUUAAUAUUGAAGUACAGCACAUGAUAUGAAUGCCCAACCAACUUGACUCGUUGUGUUAUACUAGGAUAUAUCCAAGCAAGAAUUUGAUUCUAUGAUUAACCAUGUGUACUGACCAAUUCGUUACUAUGUAUGGACCAGGCAAUAUUACAAAACUGACUUCCAGUAUCCACGCUACGUAAAGCCUGACCAGUUAAUCUAUUCCAAAAUCGAAUACAACGAUCAACUGUACCACCUUCACUUGCGAGUAAUCCAUGUUGUUUCAUAGAAUAUUGAAAGAUUAAUCAAGAGUAAAAGUUUGUUUAUGAUUGAAAAGAUUAUUCAAUUGUUUCUAUGCUUAUUUCAAUGAUUACAAUCUCUAUGAAUGCUAUUUGAAAUAAAUAUUUCAAUUAAAUUUCAGGUCUCAUUUGGAUAUGUAUAUUCUACAAAAUAUGAUGAAAUGAACUAUACAUAUUAAAAUAACAUUACUUAACAUACCAGAAGAAGAAUAUGAAUUGGCAAGUAUUUUGUUUGCUUAUCUAUUCAUGUAAUACUUUCGUAAUUCUAGACAAUCUUACUUAAACCUCAUGCUAACAGAUAUACAUAUAUAUUUUCUCAAAAGAUAACAAUCUCAGUAUACUAUUUAUAUGUAAAGCCAUUAUAAAAUUUCCCA